AUGUCAGUGGACUUGCCGGGGCCAGCAGAGCCAGGCAUGAGCAAGUAUAACGACUUGCCGGACAUUGACAACGCUCCCGAGGUGUACGAGACUGCCGAACCAGCAACAGUAGUCGCCAGAGAUAAUGACUCUGACGACGAGACCGAAGCUGCGCCGGAACCUCAGCCUGGUCUGGAGACGACUCGACUGGACGUGACAAGCGCACGAACUAAAUUUCAUUCAGCUCGCCUGAACGGCUCUGCUCCUGUGCGCGGCUUGAAGGGUACGAGACGAGUUCUGCCGGAUUCUGAGCAGUACGAGAUCAGAUUGCCCAAUCAUGGCUCAGACGAAGCGAGUACCUCAGAGACACCCCUACAGCGCUUGAGGAGGUUGCGCAUGGAAGUAGCCGAACUGGAAGAUGAUCUUGCUGCUACAACAAAGAAGGAUGUGAAAGGCAAAGGACCUGAAAUCACGCCGGCGCUGAUGCUCAGCCAACUCAAAUUACUCAAGAGCGAUCUCACUCAGAUUGCCGGUACGGCGGAGCAAACAGAAGCUGCACCUGUGGCGAAUGGCACGCAACUUAUGAUUGAUACGAUUGGAUCGUCCUUGCCUGUAGCGAGCGCGUCCAUCGUCGCACCCAGAGCGAGUGCGCAGCUUUCUGACGAUGAGCUCGCUGCCCAUCUGGACGAAAGACUCAACAAGCUCGAACGUGUCAUCGGAGCGCAGCAAGUCAAUCUCGACAAUUCUGAUAAAAUGCCGCCUCCUCUGGUAGUCUCGUUGAACAAGAUCAACCACCAACUGCAACUCAUCAGUCAGCCUCGCCAUCUCGAUACGGUCUCCCGUCGGAUCAGGUCGCUCGUGAGCGAUCUCGAGAGGCUGCACGAUACCCGAAGGAAGCUAGGCGAUACACGACCUAUCAAUCUUGCUCUCUCUGGUUUCACCGUUAUCUCGCCUGGCAAUCCCUCUGCGGGCACAGUGGCCAAUCUGACCGUCGGUAGCAACACCGACUUACCUGUCGAUACGGUCAAGAAGAUCGACGAGCUGUAUGAUCUGCUGCCUAGGAUAGAGCCACUCCUGCCUCUUGUGCCUCAUCUGCUCGAUCGACUGAGAUCUCUGGCACGCCUACACACUUCAGCCGCGACUUUUGCUGCAGAGUUGCAGACAGCGAAGGAAGAAGUAGCAAGAUUGGCAGAAUCUGAUGGGAGCAUCAAGGAGAUUUUGACGAACCUCGAGACGAGCUCAAAGGCGAAUGAGGAGAGAAUCAAAGCGAACAUGGCUCUGAUCGAGAAGCGUAUUGCCGCGCUAUCGUGA